CAAGUUCCAACAAACUCACCCUCACCUGCCAUUGGUGGUUUUGUCUCCGCUGGAGAGGGGAGAGAGGGAGGGGGGCGCGGGGGUGGGAGUGAGGUCGAGUGGGAUUUAGAGAAACAUCGGAUAAGUGAGAAGCGAGAACGAUAAAAUGGGAAGAUCCGCAUCUUGUUUCAAAAUCAUUACCUGCGGGAGCGAUUCAGCUGACAAGGAUGAUCUCGAAGCUUCCGAGAUAAAGGGCGACAAAAAGGGCUGGAGUUUCCGGAAAAGAUCUGCCCGUCAUAGAGUGCUGAGCAACAGUGCGAUAUCUGAAACUUCAGCUCCUGCAACUAAAGAGAUCCCUGAAUCUGCGGAUGUUAACUUCAAAACAGGAACUGAUUCCGAUGUUCCCCAUAAAGUCUUGGCGAUUCAGUGCGCUGAUGAGAAGCCACAGCUAUCAGCUCCUGUGGAUGCACAAGUAUCAGAAGCUGUUGUUGCAGCCGAGCCGGAAACUGUUGACGCAUUCAGUGUGGAUGAAGCGACCGUUAUUUUCAUCCAAGCCACUAUAAGGGGUUUCCUGGCUCACAAAGCACUCUUAAAGCUGAAGAGUGUUAUCAAGUUGCAAUCUGCUGCGCGUGGAUACCUGGUCAGGAGCCAUGCUGUGGGAACUCUGCGAUGCGUCCAGGCCAUUGUCAAAAUGCAAGCUCUGGUUCGUGCUCGCCGUGUUCGGAAACUAGCAGAAGGAACUUUUGCAGAUAAGAAUGCAGAUGUGAAGCAUAAGAGGGAUGGCAUCAAUUUAAAGGCCUUGGAGAUGGAGAAUGCAAAUAAACCAGGAGUAGCUUAUGUUUCCAUCGAGAAGCUGCUAAGCAAUAGGUUUGCCAGACAGCUCUUGGACUCGACACCGAAAGAGAAGCCUAUCAAAAUUAAGUGUGACAUUUCCAAAUCUGAUUCCGCAUGGAUAUGGCUGGAGAGGUGGAUGUCAGCUUCAUCAGCAGAACCAUCACCGAUGGUUGGGUUGAUGACUGAGGAGCAGGAAAAUGAGAAGAAUGAGAAACUGAGACAAGAAAAUUCGGAGAAUUCAUCUGAAGUUCUUUGUAGAUCAACAGAUUCUGUACCGGCCUGUAAGGAAAUAUCGGCACCAGCUGAAAAUGAAGAUAAUCUGAUCCUUCCCGAGGAAGACAAAUCUAAAAUCGUGGAAUGCAAUGUGAUAUCUUCUGCAGGGGAGGAGCACAUGGAGCAGUCUGAGCCUGAGAAAUUUCAAACGUUUGAUGCAAACGAGAGCUCAACAGAGAGAGAAUCUGCUCCGCCUCUGAUUUGUGAUAACUCUAAAACGGAGCCCGACUCUCCUUCCAAUAAGAUUGAAGUGGAAAUCGAACAGCCAAAACAUUCAGGGAAGAGGUGUACCCCAGAUCAGCUCGAGACUUUGGGGAAGAAACCGGCAUUUGAAUCUAGAAAGGCUAGUAAUCCAUCUUUUAUUGCCGCUCAGUGCAAAUUUGAAGAAUUAACUUCAACUGUCGACUCGAGUGGAUCAAUAAAUUCAUCUAACGGAGAUGUCAAAGCCGAUUCAAAUGGAGUGCCGGUUUCAUCAGGAGGUGCUACGAUUGGCGAGAAUGCAUUUGGCCUGGAAGACAAUGUGGCUCUAAAUCAGGUGAGAGGUCAAGUUGGUGGGUCUGAAUGUGACACAGAGCUUUCAAUUACUUCCACUCUUGAUUCUCCAGACAGAUACGAUGAUGGAAAUGUAGACUCGGUGAAUCAAUCCAAAGUUACUGAGGAAAGAGCUUGUGGUCCCGACAAUGUGAAAAAUGAAAUAUGCGAAGUUAAGGAAUCAACUGCUGUCCAGCUGUCGACAUUGUCUGAUUCUGUCUCUGAUCAUCCAGAGAAGGGUGAAGAUGUUAUCAGUGAACCUGUUGCUUCAAUUGUGGCCAUGGAACCCGAACAGGAUCAGCUGAACCUUGAUAGAAGCACAUCGGAUGUACCGGGAGAAAUUGAUUCCAAAACAAUCCAACAAGCUUGCAGGUCGUCACCAGAAGUGUCUCCCAGGAGCCAUAUGACCAUUCCCGAGUCACAAGGAACACCAGCUAGUCUGGUCUCUGUGAACACUAAAGGGAGUAGAACAGAUAAAACCAGGUCCUCGAACAAGCGCAAAUCCUUGUCAGCAACCAAGAGAUCACCAUCAAACACGUAUCAGGACUCUGGUACGGGCACUCCAAAACAAUUGCCUAAAGAUCAGAAAAAUGGGAAAAGGCGCAGUUCUUUUGGAUCAGGGAGACCCGAUAAUGUGCAAGAACCACGAGACAGUAGCAGCAGUAAUUCUCUCCCUCAUUUCAUGCAAGCCACAGAAUCUGCUAGGGCUAAGGUGAAUUCGAACAACUCUCCGAGGUCGAGUCCUGACAUACAUGAUAAAGAGAUCUACAUUAAAAAGAGGCACUCUUUACCGGGCGCGAACGGCAGGCAGGGCUCCCCACGAAUUCAGCGGUCAGUGUCUCAUACGCAACAGGAUUCAAAAGCUAAUGGUACUCAAACACAAGGUACUAUUCAAAUUCUCCUUUCACGUUUCUGGAAAGACUCUUCUUUGGUAAUAGACUAUGCACUGAAAUUUCUGCAUGAACUCUUCCUUUUUAACCUUUUUUAACCUAGCAUCGACAAGUUUCUUUUUCUAGAACAAGCAUCAUUUAUUGGAGAGAAGCGAGUAGAUUUACUUUUGAUAUUAAACGGGUGAUUAAACUGAGGGCUUCUUGUUCUUUGGUAAAUUGUAUCACUAGAUAUUCCAGCUUCAUUUAGUACCGCUUUUAGCAGCGUAUCAUAUUGAAGUAUUUAUGGAGUUUUUAUGUGUUGUAUUUGCCCUCUUUACAAACCUUGGGGGUAG